GAUUGUCCAGACUUCAAGAAAGCGUUCCACUCCUAUCUUUCUCAUGCCCAUUUCCUCUGCUUCCAGAAGAAUAGAGCUCAGCUCUGAAGAAAACCUUUUCUCUCAGAGAUGAUGAAAGGCAAAUUUAUGAAACAAUCCACACACUUCCACAGUCUGCCUCAGGACUCUCAGUUUAAAAUAGUGACUUACAAAGAUUCCAAUGAGGGGAGGAGAAUGAACAGGGAUGAAAUGGAGAGCGAUAAGAACAGGAAACCUGUGUUGUUUGAGAAAACAAAUUGCCUACAUGAGUAUAGUGGGGUCAAGGAUGGGAGAACUGUGGAGCACUUAUUAAGGGAGUCCUUCUGGAAGUUCAGUACCAGGAAACAAUUCUUGGUUAAGGAUGUGCUGCAACAGAAGGAGAGUGCAUUCACUGAAGUGAGGUCUGUAGAGAAACUGAACACUGAGAAAGCCAAAGAGGCAGAACAAGGAAAUAGAAAGGCCUAUUCUGACAAAGCUAGAGCUCAGUGUUCCCCUGGUAGUGCAUUUUCCUUUGUGUGGCCCAACAGUGUUGCUGAGGAACCAAAAAGUGCUUUCAGAAAACCAGCGAAGUGCUGGGAAGACGGAGGUGCUCCAGUUGCUUUUCAGCCUCUGAAGGGUGCAAUGGCCAGCCCAAGGAAGUUGUCGGAAUGCAUCAGUGCCACUGACCUCAUGCAGUGUAGUGGUCGCCUCACUUCUAAGUUCCUUGUAAGUGAUUCAAAUGGUUUUCAACUGCUGUCAACCAACCUUAUUCAGAGCAACCCUUUCACUUAUUCUUCAGCACCAUGGCCAAAUGAGACAGGUGAGCAAAUGCAGGCCAUGCCUGUUUCCACCUCCAGUUCUUCCUCUGCUUCCCUGGCUCUGUUGCCUCCUACCUUCACCUCUUUUGGUAUAGCGGCCCAGAACUGGUGUGCAAAAUGCAGCCUUUCCUUCCGCAUGACAUCAGACCUUGUCUUGCACAUGCGUUCCCAUCACAAAAAGGUGGAUGUUUCAACAGAAUCCCAAAGGAAAAGGAGACGGGAGGAAAAGCUGACCUGCCCUGUUUGCCAGGAAUAUUUUCGAGAACGACAUCAUUUAUCUCGGCACAUGACGUCUCAUAAUUAGCCUGCAGUUCAAUUGUAAUAGGUGUCUAUCUGGUGGAUAUGUUUGUGUGCAUGCAUUGAAUUAUUUCCAUUCCAGUUUUGCUAGAUUUAACCAGAAUCUUUGAAAGGCAGCCAUUUGUAGAAGUGUUCAGAAAAAAAUGUAAUUACAUGAGCUCCAGAUAGCUCUAGUUCUGGAAAUGAAAC